GUAAGUUUCCCUGUUGAAGUCAAUAGCAGGGGCAGCUCAGCCAGCCAGCACUGGAUUUUAUCUAGCCAGAAGUAGCAAAGCAGCUCUUAUUUGAAAAACCACUGGGUUCUGAGUUCAUUACUACAGGAAAAACUGUUCUAUCCUGUGGCACAGUGAACCUUGCUUCAAAGCAGAUCUAGCAGCUCAGGAGUUCAGCCGGCUGAAACCCAUCCCAGAGGAUAAUGGCAGCCUAUGCCUUACAAAUUGCUGGACUGGUGAUUGGUGGUGUUGGGAUGGUGGGCACAGUGGCUGUCACCGUCAUGCCUCAGUGGAGAGUGUCUGCCUUCAUUGAAAGCAACAUUGUAGUUUUUGAAAACCUCUGGGAAGGACUGUGGAUGAAUUGCGUGAGGCAUGCUAACAUCAGGAUGCAGUGUAAAAUCUAUGAUUCUCUGCUGGCUCUUUCUCCGGACCUACAGGCAUCCAGAGGACUAAUGUGUGCUGCUUCCGUGAUGUCCUUCCUGGCUUUCAUGAUAGCCAUCCUUGGCAUGAAAUGCACCAGGUGCAUGGAGGACAAUAAGGUGAAGGGUCACACUCUGCUGACCUCUGGAAUCAUCUUCAUCAUCACAGGCAUAGUGGUGCUCAUCCCUGUGAGCUGGGUUGCCAAUUCCAUCAUCAGAGAUUUCUACAACCCAAUAGUGGAUGUUGCCCAAAAACGUGAGCUUGGAGAAGCCCUCUACAUAGGGUGGACCACGGCACUGGUGCUGAUUGCUGGAGGAGCCCUGUUCUGUUGUGUUUUUUGUUGCAAUGAAAAGAGCAGUAGCUACAGAUACUCGAUACCUUCCCAUCGAACAACCCAGAAAAGUUAUCACAUGGAAAUGAAGUCACCAACUGUAUACUCCAGAAGUCAGUAUGUGUAGUUGUGUAUGUUUUUUUUUUAACUUUACCUAUAAAGCCAUACAAAUGACUAAAUUAUCUAUUAUUUUCUCAAAAUGGACCCUAAGGAAAUUCUGAUUUGCUGUUCUUAACUGCCUAACCUUAAUCACAGGAACUGUGUAUCAGCUAUUUAUGAUUCUACAAGCUAUUUCAGCAGAAUAAGAUAUUGUUCUAGAAAGUACUAGACUGUUCUAGAAAGUACAGUAAUUUGUUUUCUAAGACGGUUCAAGCAUUUACUCUUUUUAUCAGUUACUUCAAAAUGACAUUGCUAAUGACUGUAUUAUUUUACCACUGUAAUUUCUCCAUGACUUAGCAUUAUAUACGUAGAUGAGUAUAACAUUUAUAUCUCACAUAGAGACAUGCUUAUAUGAUUUUAUUUAAAAUGAAAUACCUAUCCCUUACACUGAAUAAAUACAACUCAACUAUUGCUUUUCAGGGAAAUCAUGGGUAGAAUUGAAGAAGGUUAAUAUUAAUUGUUUAAAAACAGCUUAGGGAUUAAUGUCCUCCAUUUACAAUGAAGGUUAAAAUGAAAGCUUUAAUCAGCAUUGUAAAGGAAAUUGAAUGGCUUUCUGAUAUGCUGUUUUUCAGCCUAGGAGUUAGAAAUUCUAACUCUUUUAUCAUCUUCUCCCAGAGGCUUUUUUUUUUUCUUGUAUAUUAAAUUAACAUUUUUAAAAAGCAGAUAUUUUGUCAAGGGGCUUUGCAUUCAAACUACUUUUCCAGGGCUAUACACAGAAGAAAGAUAAAAAUGUGAUCUAAGAUUGUUUUAGGAAAAUGAAAAAUUUUUUUUCCUAUUAUGUUUUUGUAUUUGAAGAAGAAUGAUGCCUUUUGGCAAGAAAUCAUAUAUGUAUGGGUAUAUUUUAAUACAUAUUUCAGUACAGACCUUGAGGUUUCAUCAUUAUAAGUAAAAGAGCAGGAGAAUAUGUCUUGGUUUUCAUUUGGAUACCAUAAAAACAACAACAAGAAGAAAUAAAGUUGUCCUUUGAACUUCACCUGCUUCUUUGUAAGUACAUAAGUCAUUUAGUGUCAUUUUAGUUCUGUGAAAAAUAAAUGUCCUACUUGUUCCGUUUCUGUUUAGUUUUACCAAAAUCUGUAAAUAGUGUGUUUGUGUGUUUAUUCCAAGUUUGAUAAAACUGACAACCCAAUUUGAAAGUUUGUGUCUACAUCCGUCAAGCUUAAAUGAAUGUGUUGUAUUUGCUUUAUACUUUUAUAUUAAUAAAUUGUACCUUUUUAUAAUUAUUUGACAUU